GGCUGCUGUGUCUACUCUCUCAAGUAACGCUCAGAUUGGAGACUGACUCGAUUUCUACCGUCCAGUGCCUCUUAACUUUUGGUGUACAUCAACUUCGCUUGGAUGCAAAUCACGUUCUACACCUUGUCGUUUCCCCUGGUUUCAUUCAGUGGAAUAACCUUCACCAAUCACCCCCUCCCCUGGGCCUUUUUUUACCCCAAAAACAACCAACUGCCAGCCAACAACAGUUUCCAGUGCCAUGGUUUGAGUAGGUGCACUCAGUUUUCCUCUUCAUGAACAAUGUGUGAAAACUGCGCCGAGCUGGUGGAGGUUUUAAAUGAAAUAUCGGAUGCAGACGGCAGCGAAGGCGGCUUCCAGCUGAAGAAGGAACAUGCCCUGCGAGUGCUGGGCUACAUCAGCUCCUGGACACAGAGACAAUGUCUCUGCUGCUUCAAGGAGUACAAGCACCUGGAGGUCUUCAACCAGCUGGUCUACGCCCUCAUUAACCUGGUCAUCGCCCAGAUCAGCAGCCUGAGAGACCGCCUCUGCAGCGUCCAGGACCACACUCAUAAAGGAGGCGUGUCAGGGGGCGAGGCGUUGGGCUCCGAAUGGAGUGGCGAAUCUGCACCGGGGCCCCUCCCCCAGCCGUCCUCGCCCGGGGAGGACGAACCUGUGAAUGUGGAGAGAGACUCUGCAGAAGAGGAUGCCGACACCCCCGACCUCAACCAGAAUAAGACCCAGCACCAGGGUCAGGGGGCCAACCAGCAGGGUGAAGCCCAGAUGGAAGCACUGGGGCCUGGGGAGAGCGGCAGCGGGUCUGGGGUCGGCGAUGGAGGCGACGGGGUCGGCGGCGGCGGCAGCGACACCCAGGACCCGUUCAGCUCCUGGAGCACAGAGGAGAGGGAGAAACUGCUGCUGUGUGCGGCCAAGAUCUUCCAGAUCCAGUUCCCCCUCUACACAGCCUACAAACACAACACACACCCCACCAUCGAGGACAUAUCCGCUCACGAGAGCAACAUCCUCGGCUCCUUCUGCGACAUGAAUGACGUGGAGGUGCCUCUGCAUCUGCUGCGCUACGUCUGCCUGUUCUGCGGGAAGCACGGCCUCUCCCUGAUGAAGGAGUGCUUCGAGUCGGGAACUCCAGAGAGCCUCCCCUUCCCCAUCGCCCACGCCUUCAUCACCAUCGUCUCCAACAUCCGCAUCUGGCUGCACAUUCCCGCGGUCAUGCAACACAUCAUACCGUUCCGCACCUACGUAAUACGGUAUCUGUGUAAGCUGUCGGACCAGGAGCUGCGGCAGAGCGCGGCGCGCAACAUGGCCGACCUGAUGUGGAGCACGGUGAAGGAGCCGCUGGACAGCGCGCUGUGCUUCGACAAGGAGAGUCUGGACCUCGCUUUCAAAUACUUCAUGUCCCCCACGCUCACCAUGAGGCUGGCCGGACUCAGCCAAAUCACUAAUCAGCUCCACACAUUCAACGACGUCUGCAACAACGAGUCUCUGGUCUCUGACACAGAAACGUCCAUAGCGAAGGAGCUGGCUGACUGGUUGAUCCACAACAACGUGGUGGAGCACAUAUUUGGACCGAAUUUGCACAUCGAGAUCAUUAAACAGUGCCAAGUGAUCCUGAAUUUCUUGGCUGCAGAGGGCCGACUCAGCACGCAGCAUGUGGACUGUAUCUGGGCUGCAGCCCAGCUGAAACAUUGCAGUCGCUACAUCCACGACCUUUUCCCCUCGCUCAUUAAAAACCUGGACCCGGUGCCUCUCCGCCACGUCCUCAACCUGGUGUCUGGCCUGCACCCCAGCGCCCACACAGAGCAGACGUUGUACCUGGCCUCCAUGCUGAUCAAGGCUCUGUGGAACAACGCCCUGGCAGCGAAGGCCCAGCUCUCCAAACAAAGCUCCUUCGCCUCCCUGCUCAACACCAACAUCCCCAUGGGCAACAAGAAAGGUUCGCCGGCCGCCAGUCCGGACAGCAGCGACAACAGCGACACUCAGCACAGCGGAGGCAGCGACAUGGAGAUGGACGACCAGAUGAUGACUGGCAGCAAGAGGAGCCAGCAGAGGCUUUCUGACACCGAGGAGUCGAUGCAGGGAAGCUCAGAUGAGACGGCGAACAGCGUGGAGGAAGGCAGCAGCGGGCCGGGCAGCAGCAGCGGCCGCAGCGAGGCCUCCAGCAACGAAGCCGCCUCUAGCCGAGCCAGCCAGUCGGCCGGGAGCCCCGGCAGCGAGAUGCACUCUGACGACAUGGCGGACAGCGAGGCCUUAAAGGAGGAGGAGGAGGACGACGAAGAGGAAGACGACGAGGAGGACGACGACGACGACGAAGAGGACGAAGACGAGGGGAACCGGUCGGCUGCUGAAGGUGGUCAGCAGAAGGAGGCCCGGGAGCAGACGGAGUCGAGGAAAAGGAAGGCAGGGGAGGCGCUCGGCGAAGGGUCGAGUCAGGGGGCGGGGCCCAGUGGUACAGGGGGCGGGGCCAAAUCCAAGGUUCUCCCCUUCAACCCAGAGACUUCUGCUGUCAUGGUAACAGCAGCGUCGACGUCUUUAGAGGGCCGGAUGAGGAUGCUGGAUGCCUGCUCGGCAUCGUCGUCCGCUCGGCCCGAGGGGGCGGAGCCCCAGCAACAGCCUCCAGACAUCGGCCCCUCCCAGAUGGUCCAGGGGCCCCAGGAGCCUCCAUGUCUGCCGCGGCCCGGCGACUUCCUGGGGGAGGCGAUGGGCAGUGAGCUUUUUAACUGCCGGCGCUUCAUCGGUCCCCAGCACCACCACCAUCACCAUCAUCACCACCACCACCAUGAAGGUCCCAUGGUGGAGGACAUGCUGAGCGCUGACGACGUGAGCUGCAGCAGCUCCCAGGUCAGCGCCAAGUCGGAGAAGAACAUGGCCGACUUUGACGGGGAGGAGUCAGGCUGCGAGGAGGAGCUGGUCCAGAUCAAUUCCCACGCUGAGCUCAGCUCCCACCUCCAGCAGCACCUCCCCAACCUGGCCUCCAUCUACCACGAGCACCUGGUGCAAGGUCCGGCUGUUCAUAAGCACCAGUACUCCAGCAGCCACGCUGUGACCGACAUCAACCUGGACAACGUCUGUAAGAAGGGCAACACCCUGCUGUGGGACCUGGUGCAGGACGAGGACGCGAUCCACCUGUCUGAGGGUCUGAUUAACGAAGCGGAGAAGCUGCUGUGUUCACUGGUCUGUUGGUUCACGGACAGACAGAUCCGAAUGCGCUUCAUCGAGGGUUGCCUCGACAACCUGGCCCACCACAGGUCCGUGGUGGUUUCCUUACGUCUACUACCCAAACUUUUUGGCACUUUUCAGCAGUUUGGCUCAAGCUAUGACACUCACUGGAUCACCAUGUGGGCUGAGAAAGAGCUGCACAUGAUGAAACUGUUCUUCGACGACCUACAGCACUACAUCCACGAAGUCCGUGAACACCGGCACAAGUUUGCACUGUACAGCCACAGUGCGGAGGUCCAGGUCCGUCUGCAGUUCCUCACCUGUGUCUUCUCCACACUGGGCUCUCCUGACCACUUCAGACUGAGUCUGGAGCAGGUGGACAUCCUGUGGCACUGUCUGGUGGAGGACGCCGAGUGCUACGACGACGCGCUGCACUGGUUCCUCAAUCAGGUCCGCAGCAAGGACCAGCACGCCAUGGGCAUGGAGACCUACAAGCACCUCUUCCUGGAGAAGAUGCCUCAGCUGAAGCCGGAGACCAUCAGCAUGACGGGACUCAACCUCUUUCAGCACCUCUGUAACCUGGCCCGCCUCGCCACCAGUGCCCUGGACAACGCCUCCAGCUGUGAGCUGUGCGGCAUGGACCAGCUGUGGGGGAUCGCCCUGAGGGCCCAGUCAGCUGAUAUCAGCCGCGCCGCCAUCCAGUACAUCAACUCCUACUACAUCAACGCGGGAAAGACGGGGCUGGAGAAGGAGCAGGAGUUCAUCAGGAAGUGCAUGGAGAGUCUUCUGAUGGCGUCGGCGAACCUGGAGAAGGACGCUCACUCCAGCCUGACCAGCAUCGAGAGAGGGCUGCUCAUGCUCAAAACACACCUGGAGGCCUUCAGACGCAGGUUCGCCUACCACCUGCGGCAGUGGCAGAUCGAGGGGACGGGAAUCAGCAGCCACCUGAAGGCUCUGAGCGACAAGCAGUCUCUGCCGCUCAGGAUCGUGUGUCAGCCCGCCGGCCUACCUGACAAGAUGACCAUCGAGAUGUAUCCCAGUGACCAGGUGGCAGACCUGCGGGCCGAGGUGACCCACUGGUACGAGAACCUGCAGAAGGAGCAGAUGAACCAACAGGCUCAGCUGCAGGAGUUCGGCCAGAGCAGCCGGCAGGCGGGAGACUUCCCAGGAGGUUUGAUGGGACCCGUCAGGAUGAUCUCCUCCGGCCACGAGCUGACCACAGACUACGAUGAGAAGACGCUGCACGAGCUCGGCUUCAAAGACAUGCAGAUGGUGUUUGUGUCUCUCGGAGCUCCGCGGAGAGAGAGGAAGGGGGAGGGCAUCCAGCUGCCGGCCUCCUGCCUGCCUCCCCCACAGAAGGAGCACAUCCCCAUGCUGCUGCUCCUGCAGGAGCCUCACCUCACCACGCUGUUCGACCUGCUGGAGAUGCUGGCCUGCUUCAAACCGCCCAGCCCUAACGCCGAGAAGGUCCACGAGAGCCCCGAGAGCGCGCGGUGCGAGGAGCUUCACCUCCACGCGGAGAAUCUGUCCCGGCGGGUUUGGGAGCUGCUGAUGCUUCUUCCCACGUGUCCCAAGAUGCUUCAGGCCUUCCAGAACAUCUCAGACGACACGAACGGGGAGGGUCUGUGCUGGAAGGAGCUGCUGAGGAUUAAAAGUCCUCACAAGCUGUUGUACGCUCUGGAGAUCAUCGAGGCUUUGGGAAAACCCAACAGACGCAUCCACAGAGAGUCCACCGGCAGCUACAGCGAUCUGUAUCCAGACUCGGACGACUCCAGUGAGGAUCAGAUAGAGAACAGCAAGAACACCUGGAGCUGCAAGUUUGUUUCGUCUGGAGGACUCCAGCUGCUCCUGGAGAUCUUCAACUCCGGCAUCCUGGAGCCCAAAGACCAGGAGUCCUGGACUGUGUGGCUGCUGGACUGCCUGGCCUGCCUGCUGAAGCUGAUCUGCCAGUUUGCGGUGGACCCCGCAGACCUGGACCUGGCCUACCACGACGUCUUCUCCUGGUCCGGCCUCGCCGACAGCCAGCGGAAACGGGCGUGGCCGGGCAAAUCCCGCAAGUCCACCGUAGACCACGGGAAAGGCCUGCACAUCCCCCGGCUGACGGAGGUGUUCCUCAGCCUCGUCCAAGGCACCAACCUCAUCCAGCGUCUGAUCAACGUGGCCUACACCUACGACAACCUCGCACACAGAGUUCUUAAGGCUCAGUCUGACCACAGGUCCCGACAUGAAGUGACUCACUACUCCAUGUGGCUGCUGGUGAGCUGGGCGCACUGCUCCUCCACGGUGAAGUCCAGUCUGGCCGACAGCGACCACCUGCACGACUGGCUGAAGAAACUCACGCUGCUGGUGCCUGAGCCGGCGGUGAGACACGAGGCGUGUAACGGCCUCUACAAGCUCUCUCUGUCGGGUUUGGAGGGAGGAGAGUCCAUCAACAGAUCCUUCCUGCUGCUCGCCGCCUCCACGCUGCUCAAGUUCCUGCCUGACGCACAGGCCCUCAAACCGCUGAGGGUGGAGGACUAUGAGGAGGAGCCUCUGUUGAGGACGGGCUGUAAGGAGUAUUUCUGGCUCCUCUGUAAACUCAUCGACAACAUCCACGUUAAAGACGCCAGCCAGACCACCCUGCUGGACCUGGACGCCCUCGCUCGCCACCUCGCCGACUGCAUCAGGAGCCGCGAGAUCCUGGACCAGCAGGACGGGACGAUCGAGGACGACGGGCUGACCGGCCUCCUGCGUCUCGCCACCAGCGUCCUCAAACACAAGCCCCCCUAUAAAUUCUCCCGCGAGGGGCAGGAGUUCCUGCGGGACGUCCACAACCUCCUCUUCCUCCUGCCCAGCCUGGCCGACCGCGCUCAGCCCAAGUGCAAAUCCCACGCCGCCCGCGCCGCCGCCUACGACCUGCUGGUGGAGACGGUGAAGGGCUCGGUGGAGAACUACCGGCUCCUCCACAACUGGGUGAUGUCACAGCACAUGCAGGCCUCUCACGCCCCGUACAAGUGGGACUACUGGCCCCACGACGACGUCCGGGCCGAGUGUCGCUUUGUGGGUCUGACCAACCUGGGAGCCACCUGCUACCUGGCCUCCACCAUCCAGCAGCUCUACAUGAUCCCCGAGGCCCGCCAGGCCGUCUUCACCGCCAAGUACGCUGAGGAUAUCAAACACAAGACCACGCUGCUGGAGCUGCAGAAGAUGUUCACGUAUCUCAUGGAGAGCGAGAGGAAAGCCUAUAACCCCCGGCCCUUCUGUAAAACCUACACCAUGGACAAGCAGCCGCUCAACACCGGAGAGCAGAAGGACAUGACCGAGUUCUUCACCGACCUCAUCACCAAGAUCGAGGAGAUGUCGCAGGAGCUGAAAAACACAGUGAAGACUCUGUUUGGAGGCGUCAUCACCAACAACGUGGUCUCUCUGGACUGCGACCACGUCAGUCAGACCGCCGAGGAGUUUUACACGGUCAGGUGUCAAGUGGCGGAUAUGAAGAACAUCUACGAAUCUCUGGAUGAGGUGACCAUCAAAGACACUCUGGAGGGCGACAACAUGUACACCUGCUCGCAGUGCGGCAAGAAGGUCCGCGCAGAGAAGAGGGCCUGUUUCAAGAAGCUGCCUCGCAUCCUGAGCUUCAACACCAUGCGCUACACCUUCAACAUGGUGACGAUGAUGAAGGAGAAGGUCAACACGCACUUUUCCUUCCCCCUGCGGCUCGACAUGACGCCUUACACCGAGGACUUCCUCAUGGGAAAAGGGGAGAGGAAAGAGGGUUUUCGGGAAGAGGGCGAGGCAAAGGUCACGGAGAGCUACGAGUACGACCUCAUCGGCGUCACGGUGCACACGGGCACGGCGGACGGCGGCCACUACUACAGCUUCAUCAGAGACAUCGUCAACCCGCACGCCUACAAGAACAACAAGUGGUACCUGUUCAACGAUGCAGAGGUGAAGCCCUUCGACUCCGCCCAGCUGGCCUCGGAGUGCUUCGGAGGAGAGAUGACGACUAAAACCUACGACUCCGUCACCGACAAGUUCAUGGAUUUCUCCUUUGAGAAGACGCACAGUGCCUACAUGCUCUUCUACAAGAGAGUGGAGCUGGAGGAGGAGAACGGGAAGGACUUCAGCUUUGACGUCUCUCCUGAUCUGCUCGAGUGGAUUUGGCACGACAACAUGCAGUUCCUCCAGGACAAGAACAUCUUCGAACACACAUACUUUGGUUUCAUGUGGCAGCUGUGCAGCAGCAUCCCCAGCACCCUACCUGACCCUAAAGCCGUCUCCCUCAUGACCGCCAAGCUCAGCACGUCGUUUGUUCUCGAGACCUUCAUUCACUCCAAGGAGAAGCCCACGAUGCUGCAGUGGAUCGAACUCCUGACCAAACAGUUCAACAACAGCCAGGCGGCCUGCGAGUGGUUUCUGGAUCGGAUGGCUGACGACAACUGGUGGCCGAUGCAGAUCCUGAUCAAGUGCCCCAAUCAGAUCGUCAGACAGAUGUUCCAGAGGUUGUGCAUUCACGUCAUCCAGAGGCUGCGGCCGGUUCACGCUCACCUCUACCUGCAGCCCGGCAUGGAGGAUGGCUCUGACGACAUGGACGGUCCGGUGGAGGACAUCGGCAGCCGCUCCUGCGUCACGCGCUUCGUCAAGACCCUGCUGUCCAUCAUGGAGCACGGCGUCAAGCCGCACAGCAAACACCUGACGGAGUACUUCGCUUUUCUCUACGAGUUCGCCAAGAUGGGAGAGGAGGAGAGUCAGUUCCUGUUGUCACUACAAGCGAUUUCCAUCAUGGUGCAUUUCUACAUGGGAACCAAAGGCCCCGAGAACCCUCAGGUGGAGGUGCUGUCAGAGGAGGAGGGAGAGGAGGAGGACGAGGAGGAGGACAUCCUGUCUCUGGCGGAGGAGAAGUAUCGUCCUGCGGCUCUGGAGAAGAUGAUCGCCCUCAUCGCUCUGCUGGUGGAACAGUCUCGAUCCGAGAGACACCUGACUCUGUCCCAGAGUGACAUGGCAGCGCUGACCGGAGGGAAAGGCUUUCCUUUCCUCUUCCAGCACAUCAGAGACGGCAUCAACAUCAGACAGACCUGCAACCUCAUCUUCAGCCUCUGUCGCUAUAACAACCGCCUGGCCGAGCAUAUUGUGUCGAUGCUCUUCACCUCCAUCGCAAAGCUGACUCCAGAGGCUGCCAAUCCUUUCUUCAAGCUGCUGACGAUGUUGAUGGAGUUUGCAGGCGGACCUCCGGGGAUGCCCUCCUUCGCCUCCUACAUCCUGCAGAGGAUCUGGGAGGUGAUCGAGUACAACCCGUCCCAGUGUCUGGACUGGCUGGCUGUCCAGACUCCCAGGAACAAACUGGCCCACAGCUGGGUCCUGCAGAACAUGGAGAACUGGGUGGAGCGUUUCCUGCUGGCACACAACUACCCCCGAGUCCGCACAUCGGCGGCGUACCUCCUCGUCUCCCUCAUCCCCAGCAACUCCUUCCGCCAGAUGUUUCGCUCCACGCGCUCCCUGCACCUGCCGACCCGAGAGCUGCCGCUGUCGCCCGACACCACCGUGGUCCUCCACCAGGUCUACAACCUGCUGCUGGGGCUGCUGGGACGCGCCAAGCUGUACGUGGACGCCAGCGUUCACGGCACCACCAAGCUGGUGCAGUACUUCAGCUUCAUGACCUACUGCCUCAUCUCCAAGACGGAGAAGCUCAUGUUCUCCGGAUACUUCAUGGACCUCUGGAACCUCUUCCAGCCCAAACUGUCGGAGCCGGCCAUCGCCACCAACCACAACAAGCAGGCGCUGCUGUCCUUCUGGUACAACGUGUGCGUGGACUGUCCGGAGAACGUGCGGCUGGUGGUGCAGAACCCCGUGGUGACCAAGAACAUCGCCUUCAACUACAUCCUGGCCGACCACGACGACCAGGAGGUGGUGCUCUUCAACCGCGGCAUGCUGCCCGCCUACUACGGCAUCCUGCGCAUGUGCUGCGAGCAGUCGCCCGCCUUCACCCGCCAGCUCGCCUCGCACCAGAACAUCCAGUGGGCCUUCAAGAACCUGACGCCGCACGCCAGCCAGUACCCCGGGGCGGUGGAAGAGCUGUUCAACCUGAUGCAGCUGUUUGUGGCGCAGCGAGCCGACAUGAGAGAAGAAGAACUGGAGGACGUGAAACAGUUUAAGAAAACCACCAUCAGCUGCUACCUGCGCUGCCUGGACGGACGCUCCUGCUGGACCACGCUCAUCAGUGCCUUCAGAGUUCUGCUGGAGAACGACGAGGACCGGCUGCUGGUGGUCUUCAACAGAGGACUCAUCCUCAUGACUGAAUCCUUCAACACUCUGCACAUGAUGUACCACGAGGCGACGGCGUGCCACGUCACCGGAGACCUGGUGGAGCUGCUCUCCAUCUUCCUGUCUGUCCUGAAAGCCACGCGGCCGUACCUGCAGCGCAAAGAUGUGAAGCAGGCUCUGAUCCAGUGGCAAGAGAGAAUCGACUUCGCCCACAAGCUGCUCACCCUCCUCAACUCGUACAGCCCGCCCGAGCUCCGCAACGCCUGCCUGGACGUGCUGAAGGAACUGGUUCUGCUGAGUCCACACGACUUCCUGCACACGCUGGUUCCCUUCCUGCAGCACAACCACUGCACCUACCACCACAGCAACAUCCCCAUGUCGUUCGGGCCCUACCUGCCCUGCAGAGAGAACAUCAAGCUGAUGGGAGCGAAGAACAACAUCCGGCCUCCGAGACCGGAGCUCAACAUGUGUCUGCUGCCGUCCAUGGUGGAGAGCAGCAAGGGUAAAGACGAGGUGUACGACCGGAUGCUGCUGGAUUACUUCUUGUCCUAUCACCAGUUCAUCCACCUGCUGUGUCGCGUCGCCAUCAACUGUGAAAAGUUCACAGACACACUCGUCAAACUAAGUGUGUUGAUAGCGUAUGAGGGACUUCCUCUUCACCUCGCUCUCUUCCCCAAACUGUGGACGGAGCUCUGUCAGUCACAGUCUGUUCUGGCGAAGACGUGCGUGAAGCUGCUGUGCGAGGAUCCGGCGUUCAGCGAGUACAUCAAGUGCAUCCUGAUGGACGAGCGCAUGUUCCUCAACAACAACGUGGCGUACUCCUUCCUCACCUGCUUCCUGCACAAGGUGCAGGUUCUGUCCGGCCCCAGCUGCUCCAACCUGAUCGGUGUGUUGGUGACGAACCUGCUGAGUGAACAGAGCAGCCUGCAGCCUGAACUGGCAGCUCACCGCCUGGAGCUCAGCAAGACCAGCGGGCUGCUCAACGCCGACCUGAGGGCGCUGGUGUUGCUGCUGUCCGUCCAGCCACCUCAGGCCGUUGACCCCGCCCUCUGCCCCGCCCUGCAGGAGCUGCUUGGCCGCUGUCGUGUUUGUGUCCAGCAGCGCAGCGCUCUGGAGCUGGAGGCCAAGGACCACAAGGCCAAAGCUGAGGAUGAAGGAGCGACCCCGGUGAAGCGGCGGCGGGUGAGCAGUGAUGACGACAGAGCUGGUGACACGGUGGCGCCGCUCUGCGUGGCCUCCACCUCCUCUUCUUCCUCCUCGUCGUCCUCCUCCUCUGCUCUCCCGCCCUGCAGCGAGCCGAAGCCCGACCACCAGGAGGCGCUGACGCCCACCAGCACGUCGGACACAGAGACUCGAGACUCCUCCUCACUGAUCGACCCGGGCACCGAGCAGGACCCGCCCUCUCCUGACCCCGCCCCCACCUCCUCUGGAAACCUGGACUCCUCCCCGAAGGAGGAGAAGAUGGAGGCUUCUUCUUCGUCCUCCUCCUCGUUCUCCUCUUCCUCCUCCCUGCUGCAGGAAGCAGGGGAGGGUUUUGUUCAGGGGGAGGAGCCUGAGCCACCACGACAUGUGGCGACAGGUGAGGAGGAGGAUGCGGAGCAGCGGGAGGGGAGGAGGGGUGAGGCGAUGUCUUGCUCCUCAGAGGAGGUGAAGGAGACGGGCUCUAAGACCAGCAGCAGCUCGGCCCCACCCCUUUCAGAGGACGCCGCCUUCCCAUCAGCCCUCGGGCUAGUGGGGGAGGGGCCAGAGGGCUGCAGUGGCCACGCCCAAUCCUCCCAGGUGUUCCCAAGCACCGGCCCCCCACCUGACAUGCUGGACACGCUGUACAGGACGGUGGAAGCCACCAUCGCCAUAGUUACCAAACUGUCCGUUAAAGGCCCACCCUCGUCAUGACAUCAUCAACUCACAGCCGCCAUGAGAUCUUUAACAAAAACUUUUUCCUUUUUUUUUUUUAAUUUUUUUUUUUUCUUUUUGAAAAUCUGAAUUCUGCUCAGAGGAAAAAACGUUUUCCUGUUUUUCAGUUUCUUCUUCUUCUGCUGUUUGUGCUGCUGUUCGUUGCCUUCUGCUGAUGUUCAGUCGGUCGGUCUCUCCGGCCUCAGUGGCGCUCGCCGUGUCGUUUCGCUCUAUUAAACUCUGACUCC